GUGUGACCAGUAGGUGGCGCUCGUGGUCCAGGACCGUUACAAUAUCUUAUUCACGCUCCGGACAGGAAGUGACUCAGUUAUUUUGCUUUCCAUCGAAACAAAGUCACAAACAACGGGAGAAGCCGUCGUUGCAUGCUUCCCUUUGAUUUGACUGGCGUUUACAGGCGUGGGCUCCACAGGAUGACAGGCCUGAGGCUUCAGAAAACCUGCUGCUCAUUCCACCAACCGAGACGCAGAGCUGCACGUGGCCGUGACUGCGGCCUCUCUCACCUGUUACAACAGGAAGCUGCUGUGGUUCCGCCCACUGGUUCAUCUCAGUAACAACUACUGGCUCAACAGUACAACAUGCAGAAAGGACAGUGGAUGCACAGUUUAACUGGACAGAACAGAAAUAUGAUUCUUAAUACUACUGUAUGUGUUGCUAUAGAAGGAAUCAAGCAGGUUUAGCAGCAGAUAAAAACCUCUCUUAAUGUGACCAUCCUGAAGGAGGGGCACCAGGAACGGACCUUUGGUUUUAGACUCUGGACUCAUCGUGUUCACUGGAUCACAGCCGGCGCUGGGCCCGUGGGAUCGGCCCAUCCACAGAGAACAUUCUGACCCCACAGCAGCUGCGCCGUCCUGUCCCUGACAUUGUCUGACUGUAACGGGACCCGUGGCGGCUGCAGCACGAGCUGCUCAGAACCAGCCCGGUUAUUCUGGGACCUGUUGUGCCGACACUCGCAGCGUCAUGUGGAAGGUCAAACGUAAGUAAUAUCACUGCAAACCGCCGCUUUUUCCUACAGCCGCUGUUCAGGCAUCAACCUCCUUCACAAAUGGAUCUGAGGCAUUUCAUUCCAUCCAGCUUCAUUGCUCUAAGUCCACUGUCUGCCUGUCAGAACCUGCAACAUCAUCAACAGAACCUCUUGUUGAUCUACUGCCUCUGAUUAGGGACACUGAACCCGACCGGUUCUGUUGCAGCUCCAGCUGAGUUUCCCAUGGAGAUGAGGGUCUGGCUCCUCCUGACCCCUUGGCCCAGUUCCAUCUGAGGAGAGGUUCCCCUGAAGAGGAGUUCCCAGACCUGAGCCGGAACUACACCUGGAUGGGCCGGAUCCUCACGCCGGCCAUGUACCGCCGGCAGUUCAACCGCUGCACCUCCAGCGGCGUGGUCUUUGAUGAUGUCAUCCGUCCAGGUCUCGAGGAGCCAGGGCAACGCUCCGGGCCCGUCUCCGUUGGCUGCGCCGCCGGCGACGCUCAGUCCUACAUCCUGUUCUGUGACUUCUUCGACCGAGUCAUCGAGGCCCAUCACGAGCACAAGAUCAGCAGCGAGACACCGGAGAGCGACCUGAACUACGCCAACCUGAAGGGGUCCGACGACCUGGACGGGUCCUACGCUGUGGGCUGUGAGCUGAGCGUGGUCCGAGGCGUUGAGGACUUCUGCUUCCCGCCUCACUGCAGCCGUGGAGAACGCAGACAGCUCCUCGCACUGGCCAGGAGAGCCCUGCAGCGGCUGGAGGACCACCUGCCGGGUCGACUGCUGGUCCUGGAGCAGCUGAACCAGGAGCAGCGGAGGGAACUGGGUCUCAGUGCCCCUUCCCCCGCUCAGCUCCGCACGGGCCUGGCCCGGGACUGGCCCGACUCCAGGGCUGAGUCACGACGGCAGCUUGGUGAUCUGGGUCAACAUGGACGAGCACCUGAGGCUCGUGUCCACACGAGGCGACGCCAACGUGGCAGAAGCCUUGAGAUGCAUCUGCACGAACCUGCAGAAGCUGGAGACGUGCUUUCAGGAGCUCAGACACCCGUUCAUCUGGAAGCAGCAGCUCGGAUGGUUGACCAGUUCCCCGGCAGACGUGGGAACAGGUCUGAGGGUCAGCGUCCGCCUCAAGCUGCAGCUCCUUCCCAGACACAGACGCCUCCAGGACAUCCUGAAGAGACUGAGGAUCCGCAUGGGCAGGACAGGAAUCCCAGCGAUGUACUGCGUCACAAACGCUGCGACCUUCGGCCUGAGCGAAGUGGCCCUGACGCAGCUUGUGGUGGAUGGUGUCAAACUGCUGGUUGCCAUGGAGACAAGGCUGGAAGAGAACCUGGACAUAGAAGGGCUCAUCCCAGCGCAGAAGUAGAUUCACACAUCAAACCACUUUAAAUGAAUUGUAAUUAAAAAUGUUAGGGAUGUA